CCCCUUCUGCCCUUCGGUAACUGGAAGCCGUUGAUGUGGGCGCUCGACACUCAACGCGAGACGGUCGCAAGAGAAAACUUUUUUGCAUGCUUUGACAAGAGUCUUUUGUUCCAUCUCACAUUUUCUUCUGCCCUGUUUGCCUAGGCCUUCUACUGUCUCUGAUGAUCUAUUUUUUUCUCCUGUUCCCUCCCUUCCCUCUCCUUUUGUGGCAUCCUACUUCAUAUUGCGACUUCCGUUGGCGGCAAACGUGAUGUCCGCGCUCUCCUCUACCUGACCCCUCUCAGAGACCCCUGCCUUCAUUUCUGUCUUUUCUUUCGACCAAUCCAGUCUUCUCUUCUUUCCUCACGUAUCUGCUGUCUCUCUACCCCACCUUGCAUGUCGCGAUAGCACAUUCUCAAGGCUCACUGUCGCUGAAGUAGAUUUUGCCAGACUAAGACGCAGUGAGAACAAAUCACCGAACCUGCUGGAAGCGUUUUUCCCAGCCUUUCCACUCACCCGUCGAGCUGUGCAGUGUCUACACACCCGAUGGCUCCGGCGCUUCACCGGCGCCCUGCGGGGCCCGGCGCGGGUGGCAAGCAGCUGCGGGGGAAAGGCAAAAUGAAAAAGAGGAAAGAGUCUCCUGCUCCCGCAGGCAGGACGAAGAGCGGCAACAGAUCCACAGAAGGUGGAAAGAGAUUCAGCGUGAAGAAGCAGGGAAAGAAGUUCCGGCCGCAUGCCUCGGGGAAGAACAAGGGCAGAGAGCAGAAACAGAAGAACGCGAAAGCUGCUGGAAGCAGAGACGCCAAGAAGACGCCCCAGGCCAGCCGGACGUCCGAUGGAGACGAGCUCAAGGUGUGGGCGUUCCAAAAAGAAAAAGGAAAGAAGCAGAAGGCUUCCGUUCAGACGAAGAAUCUGGGUUCCGUCGAGAAAGGGCAAAGCGCCUCUGCGGCGAGAGCAAAGCCGAAGCCGAGGUCAGGGAUGAAGCCAGCGAAGCAGAGGAAAUCGUUCGAAGAACAGCUUCGCGAGUACUUGGACGAACAGACUGGGAGAACCGGAAAGGCUGCUGGCAAGGAGGCAGAGACAAGUCAGGCGGGCGCCGGGGAGAGAAAGACAGGAACAGCUUUUUGUGGCGAGAAAGGAGAAGAAGGAAACGAACAGGCGGCAGAGAGUCAAGACGCGAGCGCGGCAGUCGAGUCGCUCUCCGUAAGCAAAAAGCGGAAACUGAUGAGUGAAAUGAAACUCAGCCACCGGAACGAGGACGCAGGAUACAUCAAGCAGUGCUUUCGACUGUAUGGACACCUUCUGGCCACGCGUCCCGAACAACAGAAUUCAGGCACACCUCAAGUCGCCGAAAGAGUCAAAGAUCUCUUCGACUUCAUCCUUCCGAGAGUCAGCGAGGGCGACCGCCACCUUUGCACUUCUCGCGCUCUCCAAGCCUUGCUCAAGUUUGGCAGCAAAGACCAGCGCCAGCAGCUGUGGACAAUUCUGAAAGGCGACUUUGCGGAGCUGUGCAUGGGGAAGACGAUGUGCCAGGUGGCUAUGAAGUUUUAUCUCUACGGCGACAGGGCAACACAGGAGGAAAUCAGCCAGCUUCUCUCGAGAAACAAAGAGAUCUUCUUUUCCAAGUUUGGAGCCCGCGUCUGGGAAUAUGUGUACACCUCCACGAAAUCGGCCAAAGGACAACAGCAGAUGCUUAACGCUGUCGUGCUUCCUCCGUUGGCAAUGGUGCGACAUCCGGACUAUCAAGAGGCGCCGACCUUCUUUGACCUCUUUGACAAGUUUGACGUUGAGACGCGAAAACUGACCAUGGAGCACAUUGCUUCUCUGCUUCAGAAGUUUGUCGACAAGGAGCUUCUGGACAAGGCGCCCGUGCACCGCAUGCUGAAGAUUUACACGCGGCUGGCAAAUGAGGAACAAAUAAAUGCCGUACUUCAGAUGACUGUCGAGGGGUUCCUGCGUCUUGCCUCUACAAAAGAUGGAGUAGACGCGAUGGUGCGCCUUCUAGGCUACGCGACAGCGAAGCAGAGAAAGGCUAUUGUGAAGGAGAUGAAAAAGGUUAUGGUGUCGAUGACAACGAAUCCCGUCGAUUACCUUCUCGUUCUUCGCCUUCUGUGCACUGUAGAUGAUACAAAACUUCUUCGGGAUGUCCUCAUCAAGGAACUGACGAAGGACAUGGGAACCAUUGCCUUCGAUCCUCAAGGCUACUUCGUUCUCCUCCAGCUUCUAGACACGUCGUCUGAGCCGUGCAAACACCUGCCUCUUCACACUCGACAGAUGCUCCAGCUUCCUGCUCCUACCAGUCUGAAGCCGUUCGACCUUCGCAUUGGUGAACUUCGGGGCCCUAUCGUAGAGGCGCUCGAGAAAGAACUGGAGGAGACGGCUGGGCGUUCUUCCAGCGACUGUUCCCUUUCUUCGCCUCCGAAGAAGCUGCGAAAGACCAAUGUGGGAAUGAAGAAGCAUGCCGACGCAGAGCCUUCAGAGAGCGGUGGCGAGCAAGGCGGCGACGACGCAGCAGAGGAAACAGAGAAACGGAAGAGCACUUUCAAAGACUGGCUCGAAAACCAGUAUGCGUCGCGGGUCUUCCUCGAGUUCGUGAAGGUUACAAAAAGCCCUAAGAUUCUUCAGUUUCUUCUUGGGGAACUCAGCAACAAUGCAACGUCGCUACGCAGCUUUGUCGACCACCCACAGACACAGCGGCUUUUGUCAAGCCUCGUAAAGCAAGCAGAUGAAACGUGGGAAGUUGCCGGAUCUCCAGAGCGACCCACUGGACAAGACAAGGGACAAUCAAAACAAUCUUUCAUCGAGGCCUUAUGGCUUGUCUUGGCCCCCCACCUGUCCACCGUUCUGGCGUCUCGAGGAGUGUUUCUUGCAACGGACAUUCUCCAAGCGUCCCGGCGUCUGAAUGCACAAAACCUUGAGAAGCAGAUUGUGCAAGUCCUCGAAGGAGACGUGCUCAAGCAAGCACGCGAAAGUGCCCAGGCACAAGGCUUGUCGACUGCAGGCUUAAAUGUACUCUCGUCCAAGCUCAAGGAGAAUUGAGGAGGGGUAAAGAAAUUGAACUCGUUAUGCGGUGUAAAAGGCAAAGCGUGGACCUUGGUCAUGUCUCGAAAACUCGUUCCAAUGCUUCGUUCAAAACCACUUUUCUCGAGC